AUGAGCAUCAUGAACGGCCACGGCCACAGCGAAGAGCACCCGCUAGACGCCCGUUCGGGCAUGCUACGCCUCCAAACUGAUCUGAACGACAGAAUUGAAAAUGCCGAAGACCUCACCCAUCUCUGUCUCACGCUUGAGGAUGGCCAUGUGCAAGCUGGAAUCCUGAGAGAGGAGAUGGAGAGACGCUAUGGACCUAUAGGGUUGGAUGUUCUGGCUGCUGCUGAGAACCCUAGUCAGCACUACUUUAGUCAAAAAGGAUUCGUGAUAACAUACCGCCCCGAAUACAUCGAAUGCCUCUACGCCUCAAUGACCACAGCGAACCUCAACACCCUCAAGGCCGCUCUAAGCUGGCUAGUCAUGCUCCGGAGGACCCCCGUCACCAACCAAAUAAGCAUGUCCUGGGGUGGAUGGGAAAGAGACAUCUUUGGUCUCCUGCCGUUAGUCCCUGCGAAUUGGUCGCGGAGCUGUUGGACUAAGAUGUUCGAUACUGGAAUCGUGGCUUCUCUACUUGAUCUUGGUGAUUGUGAUGGCUGUGAUGACGACGAUGACGACGACGACGACGAUUUCGAUGAAUCUGAGUUUCUGAAUGGCUUGAGUCAAUUGCUACCGGAGCGGCCGCUGCUCAAAACGGGACCUGAUGUGAUGUCUCUUCUUGCUGGAGUGACUCGUCCUGUGCAGGUGGAGGAGGGGUAUAUCCUGUGCGGUCGUUAUUCGGCUGUGGUUCCUGUUUUAAGGCAAGCUGAUGGGUCUGUUCUGUGGCAUUAUGAGACGAAAGAAGCCCAGGGUCCGGAGCUGCGCGCCGAUAAUUUGGAAAGUCUUAGGGGCGAGUGGUAUCAGACAUUUGACCUAGACUUGCUCAUAAACGCACCAGCGCUUAUAGGCUGGAGUAGGGAAGGCGAGCUACUCAUUGGUACUGAUAAGCACACUCACAAUACUACAUGGGCACUCAAGGAAUCACAGCCGCUGCUACAUUUCCGAGGGAAUCUUAGCAUCAUCAACGCGGCCGUUAUCCGGAUGCCCACAAGCACAAACUAUUAUUUCAUGCUGCACAGAAGUCACCACUAUUCAUGGAUCCUCUACGAUGUCCCAGCAAAACGCGCCUGGCUAGUCCCCGAAUCAUCCCUACUACUCUACAUGGUCUCAAUAUACUGCAAAGACUUUGGCGGCAAACAAUUCCCCCCACCCAACACGCCCGCGGGGGGACAAAACGCUCGAGACUACCUGCUCAAGAACGCAGAACUCGUUAUCUGGGAACAGCGCACACUCGGAGACCUGGUGACUUCCUUCGCCAUGACCUUGGGCCAGAUAGCCCCCCGGUACGUCACCGGAGGCCGAAUCGCAGGCUACCAGUUAAUGGACCUAGUCCACGGCGCGGGGCAAAUGAGCCCGGAAACCAUCCACCCCCGGCCCAGCGCCAACUGGACCGCUCUGCUUCGAGAUAGACCCUGUCUGCUCGGUGCUAAUAUGGGGGAGCUCAUCACCGGCACUCGAUCAACAGCCGCCAACUCCCCGUGUAACCACUUACCUGUUGGCCAGAACUUGCUCGCUGCGACAGUUCAGACCCUGAACGAUAUCAAAGAGUACCGGUAUCUCCCCACCGACAGCUGCGCUUUUCAGUAUGUCCCUGGAGGCGUGUGGAUGACUUCGUCCGAAGCUUUCACAACCUGUGAUCAUGAUGAGAACUCCAAGAAUGACUGUUGGCGAAACCCUAACCUCCCACAAACUAUCGUGAAGGAGCCGAAGAAGAAGAAGACCAAUGCCGCUCAGGGCGCGCAGGCGCAGGAGCAGGAGCAGGAGAUCCCGGAAGAUGGCGUGGUGGUGUUUGGAAAGAUAACGGAUCGGUUUUUGCUGUUUGAUUUGGCGCGGCGCUCUGGCGUUGCCCCCUGGUGGGAUUUCAGUUUAACGUGGUUUUAUUGUGGGCGUGAAGAAGGUCCGAUCUAUCGUGCUCCAUGCUCCAUGUGA